AGCAAUGGCGCAUCUCCAGCUGCAGGCAGCGGCCGUGGCGGUGCUGGCGGCGCUCGUGGCGGGGGUCUGCGCGCAGGUCGGCCCGGCGCAGAGCUUCGCCCGGCCCGACAGGCUGGACGUGGACAGCGCCAUCAACGACGAGGCACGCUUCCAGGAGGCCAUGCGCUGCAUCCUGGAGGGCGACGACUACAAGUUCUGCGACCAUCACACUGUCGGCAUCAAAUAUGAUGGCUGGCGGAUGCUGGAACGCGGGUGCAGCGGUCCCUGCACGCCGGACGAGCUGUCGGUGUACAGGUUCCUGGCACACGUGUCCCACAACAAGCCGGAGCAGUGGAAGCAGAUACUGGACAAGUUCGACCCGGACGGCAAGCUCAAGCAGAACAACAGCCAACAGUGGACGGAGCACGGAAUUAAAGUGUAGUCCCUGCAGUGCGACGCAAGAAUAAAAAAAUCUGUACUGAACUGUUCCUAUACAAAAAAUAAAUGUUUUUUUAAAGAA